CAUAAAACAGCCGGUUUUUUGGUUUGAGCAAAAGGAAAAACAGCAAUGAACGACGAGGAGAUUAUCAAGCAGCGUCUGCUAAUUGAUGGCGAUGGCACCGGCGAAGACCGCAGAUUGAAUAUGCUACUAAAGCAGUUUCUAAAAUGGGCCAACUCCAAAAACGAUUCGCAAGAAACCAACCAAAUAAUGUACGAUCGUCUGAUGGCGCAGUUCGCGCAAUGUCAAUUUGCAGCUUUGAAAAAUGUGCAAACGCUGAGGAUGAUUAAGGAGGAGCAUGAAAACUAUAUAAAACUGAUUGAGAAACAUGAGGAAAGUAUCGAAAUCGCCAAGGAACAGAUUGAGUCGAGCAAAAAGGAACUAAUCAUAGCCAAGGAGCUGCGUAAAAAUAAAAUGGAGUACGAUUUACUCACUUCGCUGAUUGAGGAGCAGCCCGAUCGCAAGGGAACGGAGAAACACAUCGAUAUCAUCAAAAAGGAGAUCGACAAACUGACACAAAAGCAACAGAAGAUGGAGCACAAGUUCCAGAAGCGUCGCAACGAUUUCACGCUGCUCAUGUAUACCAUACAUGAGCUGAAACAGCAGCUGGAGGAUGAGAACAGCUCAGCUUCGUCGUCGUCGUCGAGUGAAAGCGAGGCCCACUUCGAAUUAAAUGAUAAUAAUGGCAUUAUGGAGGUCAGCGAUGAUGACGAUGACGAUGAACUAAACAACAUGGAUGGAGCCAAUAAAUUCGAUGGCCAUCGCGACAAAUUAAAGGAUAACUCGUCAUCCACAGAGAGCUCCAAGGAGCCCAUCUCCUCGAUGUCUAUGUCGGUCGACGAGGAUGCAGUCCUCGAGUUGAGCAUCGAAAAGGAUGAUCAUGUUGGAGAUGUUGCCGUGGCCAGUUAAAGACACAAUCCACAGAAAUAAAAACAAUUUAUUUACAUUAGUA